UGUGCUGCUUUCUGGGAACAGUGCCAACCCGCCAAAACCCUCCGAAGAGCAGGCUGCAAUGGUUUCGUCAGUGCUUGCGCGACCUCGCCCUGAUUGCGAAAUUGCGGGAAUACCACCGGAGCUGGCACCCCUGCUCUCCAUCUUUAGCAGAGAAGCCAGGAGGGCGGCGCGGCAGCACAAGGCUGUCUGGUGGGCAAGUCUCCGCACCCUGCGACAUACACAGAUUGAAUCGUGACAGAUUUUGCAGGUCUUAAAACUGCCAGGCCAGUCAGGACAGUGUGGGAAAAAAAAAAAAAAUUUUUUUUAAAGUCACGUCGAAGCGGGGAGCGAGCGCUCUGGCAGCUCCCGGAGCGGGGGCCAGGGCAGGGCGCGCCCCGGGAACCAGGAUGUCGUGGGGAGCCAGGCCUCCGCUACACAGCUCCGGGAAUGCGCUCGGCAGCCACAAGAUCCUUAUCUUCGUCGCCUUGGGUGCAUUGCUACUGGUCCCAGCUGACUUGGCUGCAGUCAACCUGCAGGACGGGAAAAUAGCUGCCCCACAGCAAAGGAUCCCCAGAUCACUGGAGGGGUUUUGCAAACCAGGUUACCAUGUUUCCAUAGACUCUGAAGAUUGUAUCUCGUGCCAGUAUGGAGUGGGUUACACCAACCAUUCGAACAUCUUAUCUUCCUGCUUACCUUGUACAGUUUGUAAAGCAGAUGAAGACGAGAUAAGUCCAUGCACCCUCACCAGAGACACAGAGUGUCAAUGCAAGGCUGGCACCUUCCUUGAAAGAGAUGCCCCUGAGAUCUGCCAGAAGUGCAGCACUGGGUGCCCGGAUGGGAAAGUUCAGUACAGUCCCUGUACCCCCUGGAGUGACCUGAAGUGUGUCCCCAGAGAAGAAGGUACCAAAGCCACUGGGGAAGCCAUGGUUUCUGGAGAGCCAGUAACCACUGGCCUGAAGACUCCCACUACUGCCUCUCCUUCCUCAGGCUUUAGAUACCAUGCGAUCUGGAUCUCAGUGGUUAUAUUGGUGCCCCUGGCCCUUCUGGUAUUUCUUCGGAGGCGCAUUCUUCAAGGUUGUGGAAUGGCCUCCAAAUACGUAAACAGAGUCUUGUUCUGGCGGCUGUGCUCCCAAGAAGGGCCUGGGACUCAUGACAAUGCUCAAAAUGAGGCCCUGAGCAACAGACUGGACCCUGAGCUGGAAGAGGAAGGCCAGGAGCAGACUGAGGUGACAGGUGACAGGGGACAGACCCCAGUGGAAGCAGAGCCUCUCCAGGGUAAUGCUGAAGGGUCUCAGAUGAGAAGGGUGCCGCUGGUUGUAGUGAAUGGUGCAGACCCCGCUGAAACUCUAAGGUCAUUCUUUGAUUACUUCAUAAAAGAAGUGCCCUUAGCUUCCUGGAAGGCAGUCAUGCGGCAGAUGGGCCUCACAGACAAUGAGAUGGAAAUGGCCAGAGCCAGUGAAACAGAUAUCACCGAACAGCACUACAAAAUGCUGGUCCAGUGGCACCAAAAGACAGGGAAGGAUGCCUCUGUGAACACCCUGCUGGAUGCCUUGGAAACACAAGGACAAAGAAAUGCAAGAGAGAGAAUUCAGGACUACCUGUUGCUCUCCGGAAAGUACACCUACGCAGAAUCCAGGACAGCCACCAAUGAUAUGUGUGUGUGUACAGGAAUGAAAGAAUUGCUUCAUGACCCACUUCAGACACCAGCCUGGAAUAAAUAGCCAAAAAUCUAACAUGAACAGUACACGAAUAAACGGCCUUCAGAUACUAUACAGCAGUUAAAAUGUUCUGGAAUUCUUUUUGGAAUAAUUUUCUUGACAUAUUGGCAAUGAUAAGCAAACUGUAGAAAUGUAUGAUUCUACUUAUGGUAUACUCACAUGUUUCUGUGGGUCUGGACAGUUGUUUUCAGGAUCUCAUUGUUUUCAACUUAUGCACUUUUUAACAUCAUAGGAAAAAAAUUUUAACUUAUAUUGCAAGAUCCAUGUACGUUGCUAUAUUUAUAUUUAAUUGUGUCUAGUGUUCUUGGGUGGCACUAACAGUUAAGCUGUCAGCUAUUAACUGAAAGGUUGGCAGUUCGAACCCACCCAGAAGUGCCUUGAAGGAAAUGCCUGGUGACCUGCUUCUGAAAGGUCACAGAGCCUAUGGAGCACAAUUCUACUCCAACACACGUAGGCCACCAUGAGUUGGAAUCAACUCAACGGCAAUUGGUAGUGGCCGUAUUAAUACUGUAUGAUGUGGAUCUUUAUAUUUAUAUAUUUUUAUGUAUUAUGGGAAACCCAACUGGGAAAAAAAAAAAAAGGGAAAUUUAACUAGUUUGUUUACUAGGGU